UCCUUUUUCCCCCUGAGAUAAAAAUCGUCAUGGGCUUCGCUAACAUUUGGCAUUCUCACCCUAGAAAAUACGGCCAAGGCUCUCGAUUUUGGUAAGUUAAUGUAUAAUAAGUACUUAUCUGUAUAUCCGACGAUAAUUUUUUCGAAAAAUAUCGUUUUUUAUCAUAAAUUUCCGACCCUUUAAUGUGCCAUGCCUUGUCACUCAAUUAAGUCUGUAUUAUCGCUCCUUGCAGUCGAGUCUGCGGAAAUAGACACGGUCUUAUCCGAAAAUACGGAUUACAUAUGUGCCGUCAAUGCUUCAGAGCAUAUGCUGGUGAUAUCGGUUUCAAGAAGGUAAUUUUGGCUUAUUUCAAAAAUGUAAUAAUUAUAAUUUUUUCUUUGCAUUUCAGCUCGAUUAAAUAUAUUUUCAACUAUCGGCAUCUGGGGAUGCUCUAAAGUCUAAGAAAGCGUUUUGUUUCAAUACAGAAAAUUAUCAGUGACUGAUUGAAAUCGAUUUCUUUUCAUUUAUAUAUCCUAAUAGGACACUCACUUAUAAACUCUGUAGCACAAGAGAAUCCUAGUUACACAACCCAUACAUUCCUUUGUUAAUGACUUUAAGUCCCGUCGACUUAAAAUGAAAAAUUAAAAUUCUCAAUCUUUUACGAUAGGCUAUUUUGUUUCACAGCGCAAAAUCCGCUUACUGCUUGCUAAUGAUACUAAAUCCUAUUAAAUCAAUCAUACUUUAUAUGGAUAAUUAGGUAAUUGGUCAUUAUAGUCGAAGAGCUAAUUAUAUUUAAAAAAGUACUUGAGCUUAUAAGCUACAAUGGCGUAAUAGAUAUAUGUAGAUAGUUUGAAAUUAGCGGGUGAAAAUGGUAAAACAUUAGACAGCUUCACUAGAAAACUGGUUAAGAAUAGAGAAUGGUUCUUAGUACGAUUUUGUCUUUUAUUUUGCCCUGUAUCACCUUUGGUUGGCUUUACUACCUCUACAAACAUUAUGUUAUGCUACCCAUUGAAUUUCAUAGUGAUGCUCGCCUGGAUGGGAAAACUGUUGUUAUUACAGGAGGAAGUAGUGGAUUAGGAUUGGAAACUGCAAGAAAUUUAUGUUCUAGAGGUGCAAGAGUAAUUAUAGGCUGUCGAGAUAAAAAAAAGGCGGAGGAGGCGCUCAUAGACGUUAAAUCUAGUUGUAAAUCGGCAUUAGUUUCUUACUUUCAUCUCGAUUUGGCUUCGCUAAGCUCUGUGAGGAAAUUUGUUCAGGAGCUGAAAGACUCCAACAUUCGUGUGAAUAUUUUGAUCAAUAAUGCGGCAGUCGUCGGGGUACCUUAUCAAAAAACAAUUGACGGAUUCGAAUACAUUUUUGGAGUUAAUUAUUUAGGACAUUUUCUAUUAACGAACCUUAUGCUGGAUCUUUUAGAAGCAAGAGCUAGAAUAAUAAAUGUUUCCGCUCAUGCGCAUAUUUUUGGACAUAUUGAUUUUGAUAAUUUAAUGAUGGAUAGGGGUUUCAACUCUAUUGUGGCAUAUUUCAAUAGCAAACUGGCUAUGGUAUUAUUUACUCAAGAAAUAUCGAGAAGAUUAGAUAUUGAAGUUGCUUGCUCAUAUGCUCUCCAUCCAGGCGCCAUAUACACUCAAUUAACCAGACAUUUUUUCUUUAUGAGAUAUAAAUUUUUAAGGAUGAUAAGUGACCAAUUGGGAAAACAUUUCCUAAAGAAUGCCAAACAAGGGAUCCAUACCAUUCUCUAUUGUGCUUUAUCUGAAGAAAUAGAAGGUGUCAGUGGUAAAUACUUCAGCGAUUGCAAAUUAUCCGUACCAAUUCAAGAAGCUUUGGACAUUGAAAUAGCUGAGAGAUUGUGGUCAACCAGCGAAGAGAGAAGAAAUUCAAAUAGAAAGCGUAUAGCUUUCUUUCAUCCAUACUGUAAUGCUGGGGGUGGUGGAGAGAGAGUACUCUGGAUGGCUGUUAAUAGUAUUCAACAGACAUAUCCUAAGGCUGAUAUAACAAUUUACAGUGGAGAUUUAGAUGCAACAUCUGAAUCGAUAAUAGAAAAAUGUAAAGAAAAUUUUUCAAUAACUCUAAAGAGACCAGUUAGUUUUGUUUGGCUUAAAAGUAGAUUUUUAGUUGAAGCAAAAUGCUGGCCAAUCUUCACCCUUGCUGGUCAAAGCUUCGGAUCUAUGUUGUUAUGUUUAGAAGCAUUGUGGAAAUUUACUCCUGAUGUUUACAUUGAUUCAAUGGGUUACGCCUUUACACUUCCCAUAGCUAAGAUAAUAGGAUCAAAAGUUGGCUGCUAUGUUCACUAUCCAACCAUAAGCACCGACAUGCUUGACAAAGUAAGCUCCAGAAAAGCAGCUCAUAAUAACUCUCAACUCGUUGCUAAAUCAUCUAUCUUAUCCUCUGUAAAGCAUUCAUAUUAUAGAUUGUUUGCUUUUCUAUACGGCCUAGCUGGAAAAACGUCAGAGUGUGUAAUGGUUAAUUCAUCAUGGACUAAAAAUCAUAUUGAUUCAUUAUGGAAUAUAGACUCUAUUAAAGUAUUCCCCCCUGUUGACUUAAAAAGAUUAUUAAAUAUGAAAAUUGAUAAUGAAAGAUCAAUUGUGUUAUCCGUCGCCCAAUUCCGCCCGGAGAAAGAUCAUGAAUUACAAAUAAAAGCUUUCGCUAAAUAUCUUUCUUUUGGUACGGAUACCGAAACAAGUAUGAUGUUAGUUGGUUCUGUUAGAAAUCAGAAAGAUGAAGAAAGAGUAGAAAAAUUAAAAAGUUUGGCAAAUUUAUUAGGCGUUCGAGAAAGAGUAGAAUUUAAGAUUAACGCUAGCUACGAAGAUUUAUUGACAUACUUCAAAAAUGCGGCUAUUGGCUUACAUACAAUGUGGAAUGAGCAUUUUGGAAUUGGUGUUGUUGAGUGUAUGGCAGCAGGAGCUAUAGCAUUAGCCCAUAAAAGUGGUGGUCCUAAAAUGGAUAUAGUUACACCCCUUAAUGGAGAAACUACUGGUUUCCUGGCGGAUACAAUUGACGAAUAUGCAGAAUAUAUCUCGAAUAUAAUAAGAAUGUCUCCUGAAAAUCUGUUAAAAAUUCGACAAAAUGCAAGAAAAAGUGUAGAACGCUUUUCUAAUGAAAAUUUUCAAAAAGAUUGGAUAAAAGCCACAGAAAUCUUAUUUGUUUAA